GUAUGUGGGUUCACGACUGAAUAACUCGAAUGAUUCAAUUGUAUGAGAACUAAGUUACAAAACUAAUUUACAAAUUUCUUUAUGAAACACUCAACUAUUUUAUAUUGUAGUUGUACACAACUGGCUUUUAUUACUUUCGUAACUAUAUAGUAGUCGACAAAUUUUUUUUACAUCAAAUGUCUUACAUUUUUUUACAAACCAAGCGAAAACGAUUGUAACGGGAAUGUAUUUUUUCAUCUUAUUGAACUGUCCCGUAUUCAAAUAAAAUUACUUUCAUUUCUUUAAACUAUACUAGAAGGACUUUUCUCAUUCAAGUAGAGCGAAAUGCGCCCCCAUUUUGUAAUGUUGUUAAGUUACUGAAUAAUAGAAUAGUAUAUCGCUACCAUUGUGCCUGUAGAAAUAGAAAGUUUUCAAUAUGGUAAGUUACAUGUCUAUAUAAAUUAUAUAAAAGUGUACUACAUUUCCUUAACAUAUAGGACUAUAUAAUUCCAACUUAUCAAUACAUAUACCCAAGUCUUUAAAAACAUUUUCACAUUGUAUAAGAAAUAAAUUAUAACAAAAAAAUAUUAUGAUCAACCACAGUUGUUUCUUAAUUUUAUUAACCUUAACAUGGUAUUGGAAAUUAGAUGCUUUUACAGGUCGUUGUAAACUUGAAGGAGAAAAUUGUACCAAAACAAUAUUUUCACCAUGUUGUGCAAAUUCCACAUGUCAACUACAUGGAUUAUUUAAAGGAGUUUGUGUAAAAUGUUUACCUGAGAAACAUUUGUGCUUAUCCAGUAGUGAAUGUUGUACAAAAUUAUGUAGUUGGUUUCGAUGUAUAAUGACAAAUUAGAUAUAAACUGAUUCAUUCAUUCACAAUUGAUGAAUAUUCUUAUACAAGUAAAUUGACUAGUAAUCUACCAAAAAAUAUAUAAGUUUAAAUGUUCUUAAAACUUGUUUAACCACAAUGAGUUCAUUUAUGGUUAUUUGACACUUAAAAACACACUGUAAUAAUAAUAAUAAUAAAUGUUUAAG